AUGGGAGCUAAAUCGAAAUAUGUUGUUGUCCUACUUUCAUCGGUUAUAACGGGAUCACCAAGAGUUUGGGUUCGCGAAAGAGCGGCCGAGAAAUUUGCAGGCGUGUUCUUCGAUCCGGCGUUAGGGCGUGAUUGUCUCUUCGAGGAAAGCAAAAGAAUAAAAGGAAAAACCGAUCUUCCAAAAAGGAUAAAAGAACUUUACAACGUCACC